CAUGCGUAUCGCCUGCGGAAUUCGUUUACGAAACGACGCUGCGCGUCCCCGGAGAAUUUGUACUACCGGACGACUUCACUCCUAAUCCUCAAAUUCAUCGAGGAAUUCCGCGAGCAUAUGCGCAAAGUUAAGCCAAUCUCGGUAGAGCAUAAGCAUAAGAAACGCGCAUUUGUAUUCAAAGAUUUAUAUUCGUGUUUCCAUGUGUUUCUACGAGUGGGCGGUACCAAGAGAGCAUUAGAGCGUCCCUCACAAAAUCGUAAAUCGUGUGUCGGAUCGAGUAUUCAACAUUGACGUUAAUGGUAUACAGCGCAGUGUAUCGAUCGAAAAUUUAAAACCAGCGUAUGGCAUACGCGAUGACUUAUGUAGUGCAACUCCAGAAGCAGGGCAAUCAACCAAUUCGUUCAGCAACGAGCAACCAGCUUUAAAAACGCUUUCUAUACUCACUGCGCUAGUGAGGUAUUGAAAACGUAGUUUCCUACACUGCGGCCCAGAAUUCGCAUCCCAUGUCCUCAAUUCUCUCUGAAGGCAAGUAGACAGUUUGCUUUGCAUCAUGGUUACUGUUUUAAUGGAGAAUCGUGAUGGAGAACAGAGUUAUGACUGCCGAACAAAUAACGGGAAGAUGUCUGUUUAUGUGUCCGGAAAAAGAACGGCUUAUGAGAGAACGGGAAGGUUUGUUGCACAAAUAUGAAAUUGAUGAGAGAACGAAAUACAUGAAGAGACCCAAGUCUGAUCCAAUGAAAAUUGUAAAAUGCUUCAGUCGCUCUGCUGCUGGACAAAUUAUGACGGAUCCGAAUUUGUUGCGUCCUCCGCAUGUAUUAUUAUCCACUGUCCGAUACUUAUUCACCAAGAUAAUUACACGAACGGAUUUAAAUUGGGUAUUGAUAUAUGACUUUGUAUUUGAUAGGUUAAGAUCAGUACGACAAGAUGCUGUAAUACAAAGAGUAGAUAUUGUUUCAAGUAUUUUCCUUCUUGAACCAAUUAUCCGAUUUCACAUAUAUGCCGCACAAAGGCUGUGUGAAAGAGACAUUACGGAAUUCAAUGCAAAAAUUAAUAAUAAACAUCUAUUUGAAUGUAUCAAGCAGUUACUUGUAUUAUAUGAUCAACAAAAUGAAAAUGUAACAGAUAAUAUAGCAGUACAUAAAGAUUUCGAAAAAUUAGCAUUAAGUAAUAAUCGAUCAGAGAUGGAAGCUAUAUAUAUUCUUCUCCAUAUCGGAGAUUGCGAGGCUUUAACAAGAGCUUUUUCGCUUUCAUCUGAUUUAAAAAAGUCGCCUGCAAUUCAGUUAGCCACAAAGAUAUCACUUGCUUGGUAUUUAAGAAACUAUGUUUACGUUCAUCAUUUGGUUAAACAAUUACCCCCGAUAUUAGCUUGUGCAUUCUUUUGUAAUUUGCAAAGCUUCAGAAGAAAUGUUCUGCAAAUCAUGAGUUCUGGCUACAAUAGCAGAAUAUUGAUGUUCCCAGGAUUAAAAUUGCAAGAACUUUUAUUUUAUAAAGAUAUAAGUAAAAUCCAGGCUGAUUGCAAUUUAUUUGGUUUGACAUUUACCAAUGAUAAUAUUUUAUUUAAAAAGUCACAGUUUAACGAACAAAUCUUACUGGCCAAUCCUGAAAUGUAUUACACUUCCACCACGUUACAUAAAUUCAUGCCAAAAAUUCUUUUGGAAGGUACCUCUAACGAUGAAUGUUGAAUUAAUAUUUAUAUAAAAUGUUUUCUAUAUACAAUUACGGAUUUAUUGAAUCCAAACUAAUGAAAUUUAAACUUUAAAGAUAUCAAAUAUUAUAUAUUUAGAUGUGUACCA